AUGCCUUUGUUUGCCAACGCUACGCCCUUCGACGCCGAUGUCGAAAAGGCAACACAUGAAAUGAACACAACUGAAGAUUGGAGUCUUAUUCUUGACAUAUGUGAGAAAGUCUCAAGACAGCCCAAUGGCGCUAGGGAUUGUUUGAAGUCAAUAGUGAAAAGACUGAAUCACAAAGUACCCUUUGUGUCCAUGCAGGCAUUGACACUGCUAGGUGCAUGUGUAGACAACUGUGGUCGGCCAUUUCAUCUUGAAAUAUGUUCCAGGGAUUUUAUAUCAGAAUGUCGGACUCUUAUAUCUCAAAAGGCACAUCCAAAAGUGGCGCAGAAACUGAAGCUGAUGAUAAAAACAUGGGCUGAACAAGCAGAGUUCAGAGAUGACCCAGCCCUAAAUCUGAUACCAUCAUUCUAUGACAGUUUGAAGAAGGAGGGUGUUGACUUUAGCAUUGAUUCAGAAACGAAGAAAACCACGGUAGACCCAUCAACAGUGAGAAAAGAAGAAGAUGAUUUAGCUAAGGCCAUUGCACUGUCUUUGCAAGAGGAUCAAGCCAAAUUGGCCGGCAGGGGAAGUGCAGUCAGUGAGGGAGCUGGAGGAAGUGUCAGUUUGUACCCAGCUUAUACACAGUCAGCUCAGGCAUACUCUAAACCUGCUCAAAAGGAAAUUAGAAAGGUUCGGGCAUUGUAUGAUUUUGAGGCAGUGGAGGAUAAUGAAUUGACUUUCAAAGCAGGGGAAAUUAUAUGUGUGCUGGAUGAUGGAGACCCUAAUUGGUGGAAAGGUGCUAACCAUAGAGGGGAAGGUUUGUUUCCCGCCAAUUUUGUGACAGCAGAUCUAACGGUUGUGGUUGAGCCAGAACCAGUAGUAAAAGAGCAAAAAUCUGUACACUUCAGUGAGGAGGUCCAGGUAAAAACACUGAAUCUGCCUUCUGGGGAGGAAGUGAUUGAUGAGGCAAAAAUAGAUGAAGUCCUCAACCUCAUACAGAAUGCAGACCCAACAGGAGAAACUCAGCCAGACUCUGACCAUAUGCUUAUGUUGGAAGAACAGUGUAAAGCAAUGGGACCCUUAAUUGAUGCUGAACUGGAAAAAAUAGACAGAAAACACGCCACUUUAGUAGAACUCAACAAGAAAGUAAUGGAUGCCCUGCAGAUGUAUCACAACUUGAUGAAGGAAACACCUGCUUAUGGCUAUGCCAGCCUCAAAACAGCACAAGGAGCUCCAGCAGGGAUGUACAGUCCCCGACCUCAGAGUGUAGGCAUCGCCAGCAACAUGAGCCCUCAUUCACAGCUAUAUGGCAGCCAGCAUCCUUACAUUGUUCCUGGAGGAUUGGGUGCUGCUGCAGCACAGAAUCAACCAAACCUAGCCUUGACUGCCAGCAUGGUCGGGCCACAGCCCUCACUCACUUACACGCAGACCCAGAUGGCACCAUCUAGUCAGCAGUCCUUCCAUGGUCACACAACUCCACCUCAGAUGCAGAAUUACUCUUUGCCAUCAGCCGGAUCAGCUCCGUCAAGGAUGAAUGGAAGCCAUCCUCCUGCCCUACCAGUGCAGCAGCCAUUUGGAGGCCCAGGAAUCGGCUACAGUCAAGGCAGUGUCCCUAGCAUGACAUUGUAUCAAGCACAUCCCUCCCAGCAGCCUCUCUUGUAA